AUGCACGCAUCACUUCUUCUCACAGCCAUUGCGCUCCUCCCGUUCUCUCUCGCAGCCCCAGCACCAUCAAGAGGCCCUCCAUCCCGCGCUCCCCGCUCAAUCCAAGGUCGUCAGGACGACCCCAGCAACACUACCGCUCCCGAAGCUGCCUCAUGUGAUCUCCGUGGCGUAUCGCAGCCCUCAAGCGGCCUCACCCCUCCCGCCGCCGAUCUACAACUCAUCCUCGUUGCCCUCGGCCAAGGCACACAAAACUACUCCUGCGGCGCAAACACCGCGUCCGCACCCACUGCCAUUGGCGCCGUCGCCCAACUCUUCAAUGCGUCCUGCGCUAUGUCUUCCAACCCCACCGCCGACACAGCGUCUCUCGCUUCGGUCCAAGAAGCGCCUGCCAUCGGCGCGCAUUUCUUCGUCGACAACACAACGCCUGAUUUCGACAUCAUUGGCCUCGGUAACACACAGGCUAAGAAGGUCGAGGAAGCCGCUUCGCCGCAGCCCAGUGCUAAUGUCAAGUGGCUGAGGUUGCAGGCGCAGACUCAGGGGAGUACCAGCUCAGUCAAGCAGAUCUAUCGUUUGAAUACUGUGGGUGGGGUUGCGCCGAGUAACUGUGAAGGCCACGCGGCGGGGGAUGUUGUUACUGUGCAGUAUGAAGCGCAGUACUGGGUUUAUGCUUAG